CAGGAGCGAACGAGGGCCAGAUGCUGCGUUGCGUCGUCGACUGGCCAGGAAUGCGCGGCUCCGCUCGCCCAAACCAUCAGUCGGGUUUUCUGUCAGCCUAGGCAUCAAAUCGGUGGUACGGUUCAAGUUCAGAUCAUUUGUUGCUCCGUCGGUCCGACUGCUUCUUCCGUCAAUGGAAGGAGCGAAGAAAACAGUCCACCUGCAAUGACGGCCGUCACAUCCACCCAGACCGUCACCCCUACAGUGGUCUAGAGCCAGAUGGUUUCCCCAGAGCCCAUUGUGCCAUUGCUGUUCCGUCAACUCUCUGUGGCGCUCCGUCUGUUGUUACCACCACCAAUCCGUCAACCAUCCCCACCUUGAUUCCGAGCCUCGCUGGUCCGAGGCUGCAGUGCCAUGUCCAGGUGGGGGGAGGGAGGCACACAUUCUCCAUGCUCCAUACUCGCAUACUCCGCUCUUGCGGCCACUGCCGUCUCUUGUGUACAGCUUAGUUGAGACAGUCUUCAAACAAGUUUAGUCCGAUUUGCUUGCGUCCCCACGGCUCCGGUUUCCGCCUCUCCCUCGGCACUCACCCGUUGUUAGCCGCUUCGUCACGGUGGUUAGAAUAUUCACAAGCGUUCUCGAGACGAAAGACGCUGACGGUCGGAUUUCCGUUUCGCCUGAUGGCCUCCUCGACCAGCCUCUGCUGCCGAAGCGCUCUAUUUCCUGGGUCCGUAGUAGGUCGGACUGAUUCCGUUCCGUUGACGGAAUCCGUUACAUCACGGCCAUUUCCGAGCCUUUCGUGCGAGGGUCUGCGAAGUUCGCUGCACGGCACAUUCCCAUCCGUCAAGGCUGCUCCGAUCGAGAGACAGAAAACUACCAAGGCACGCGCAGCGAACGCACGAGCAGCGGCGGCCAUAGCCGCGGGAGGAGGCGAGACGGGCUCGAGUGUGGAGUUGGAGCAGAUCAGCAGUGAGGGGAAGCAACCCGUGCGGCCAGUUGUCAUUCUUCCGGGAUUGGGCAACAACUCGGCGGAUUACGCCGAGCUCGUGGCGCUGCUGGAGACGCAGGGCGUGGCGGUGGAGGUGGCCCGCGUGGCGCGACCUGAUUGGCUGCGGAACGCCGCGGGGCUCCUGCAAGCGGACUACUGGAAGGGAACUCUCAAGCCUCGCCCGAUCCUGGACUGGUACUUGGAACGGGUGGCAGCAGCUGUGGCGGCAGCCAAGAAGAGAGUCCCAGGCUGCUCCCAGGUGUCGCUGGUAGCGCACUCUGCAGGGGGUUGGCUGGCCCGCCUCUAUCUCGCUGAGUAUGGCCAUGCUGACGUGGCACUGCUGCUCUCACUCGGCUCACCGCACCUUCCCCCGCCCCCAGGGGCGCAGGGGGUCGUGGAUCAGACCAGGGGGCUCCUAACGCACAUGCAGGCCGUCUCGCCAGGUGCCUUCCACGCACCCCACGUCAAAUACGUCUGCGUCUCGGGCAGGUACAUCAAGGGUCUUCCCCUCUUUGGUGGCCCUUCUGCAGCCCCUGCAGCAGCAGCCCCUGCUUCCCUCGCCUCAGUCGCCUCAGCAGCAGCGGGGGGAGAGGCACGUGUGUUUGCUCUGGAUGUGGAGCCAGUGGGGGUUGCAGCGAAUGUGAUUAUAUCCGAUUUGGAAUCAGGCACCGAGAGUGAGGACGGCAGCAGCAGUGCGUCAGAUAGUGCUGCUGGGCAGAAGGUGUCAUCUGGUGGAGGUGUGUUCCAGGCACGGAUGGUGGGGCAGGGCUACAAGCAGGUCUGUGGGCAAGCUGAAGUGUGGGGGGAUGGAGUCGUGCCGGAGGAUGCUGCCCUGCUUGAGGGAGCAGAGAAUCUAAUAUUGGAUGGCGUGUAUCACUCGCCUGUCGGGGCAAGUGAGGCCAGGCCUUGGUAUGGCUCGCCAUCCAUUCUUCCCAAGUGGCAGCACCACUUAUUAGUUUGAGCUGGAAUACACUUCAUGGAACUGAAAAGCCAAUUUGACUUGGAACAUCAUUGACAAUGAAAUGUUUGAAGAUCUUGUGAGUGAUAUUAAUGGUAAAAGAAAUAACUUCUCAAGGAAACGUGUCCAUCCUGACUAAGGACGAGUUUCUCAGCUCCACAGGCAAGAAAUCGCCGUGGAUUUUGGUUAACAAUCCCGAUGCCAGUAAGAAGGGCCUUAACACGAGCAACAGGAGCGUGAUGAUCUGCAGCUUCAGCUCCAGCGGUGCAAGCAGUACCACCAACAGAUCUGCUGUGCAGAUCCCUGCAGUAAACGCUGCCAGCACCAUUGAGUCAGGAAGAAAAAAAGAAAGCAAAUAUCAGGCCUCACAAAAAAAGCCUCACGAUACUGCAGCAGUCAGUUCUCAAGAAUCAGCAAGAAACGGCACGAGCAGGCAGCAAGGUGCUCAAGGCCAUGCUGCUGCCUGCCGUGUUGGGAGGAUCCAUGAGGAUGAGCACCACGCCAAACAGCUCAGCCGCCGUUCUCCUGGUGGGCCCUCCCCUCUGAGGAAAGCGUCUGCUGCUGUUGUUCCUGUUGACACUGCUACUGCUGCAAGUGGUUCAGUUGCUCCCGAGAAAAUAAGUGUGAAGGUUGGAGGGAAGAGACGGAUGAGAAGGUGGGUGAGUAGGGUUUGGUCGAGCAUAGCUCUGAAUAAGUGGCAUAAUGGCAA